AGCUUCGGUCCGAAGCAAUAUGUUUUACUCCAUGGUGUAGACUUGAACAGACGUUUCGACGGAUGGGCACUUGGGCCAAGGCGGUUUUGAUCACAGUCCUCACCGUUCGCGUUUCAGCCUUGACCGAGGACUGCCCUGAGAAGGGCCUUCAUUUGCUCCAAUCGAAGGGUCGUUUCAUCUUGGCGAAGGAUGACACGAUCGAUGGUGAGAACGGAGGAGAUCUCACGAGUGACACCGAGACGCGAACGGGCGAGACGCGAAAGCCUGAGCUGAUGAAGGGCGUGAGUUAUGGACCCUCCAUGAGCACUUCUCCCAGCGAGGCCCAUCAUCAGGACUACUUUUGCGACGCGGCCGAGCCGAUCUGGGGCGGCCGUGGGGAUUUGGAGAUCAUCGCCAGCUUAGGCGCCAACGUGGUGCGACUCUACGGGAAUGACCCCACCUUGGAACAUCAGAAGUUCUUGGAUCAUGCGCAAUCCCUGAACCUGGAGGUGAUACCAGGGAUGGGGGAUCGAGCAUUCCAGCAAUGCAAAGGCAUUGGAAACUUCUCUUGCUUCCAAGGAGCCAAGGAGGCCUACCUACAGAAUCUUCAGAAGGGCUUCCUCGUGGGAAAGGCCUAUCAUCCAUCCAUCAAGUACUUCAUCGUGGUCAAUGAACCCGAGUUGAAACUGCCGAGCCUGGGCGAACCGAAGAAGUUCGCGAAGGCCAUUGUCAGCGCGAUCGAUGGGGUCUUAGAUGCGGAGGAGGAGCUUGGUGUCGAGGGUCCCAAGCCCAAUCUCACCGUGACCUUCUCCUUUGCCUUUUGUAACCAGUGCGACAACUUCCGGGACCGGCCCGGGCUGGGACAACUUUGGACUUUGAAGGAUGCAUUGUUGAAUCCUGAGAAGUAUGGCGUGGAGCCAAAGAGGAAUUUGACCGCGUUUUUCGAGACUCGUUUCACCUUCAGCUUUAACUCCGGAAACCCUUCCGACGAGAUCCAGAGCCUCUUCUUGGAUCACUAUGAGGUCGCCUUCCCAAGUACUCCGAUCUUUGUGGCAGAGUAUCACAACCCAGGCAAUCCACAUUUGAAGAAGGACCUGAAGCAGAUCCUGCGAGUUGCCAGACACUCCUCGCUUUUGUUGGGCAUCAGCUUCUUUGAAUUCCAAAAUCGUUACGACCAGGCGGGUCAUUUGAUCUGGGGCAUGUUUGACCCCCAGGGCCACGACGAGCACGACAGCGCACGUUCGCAGGUGGUGAAGUUCAAAGAGACUUCCGAGCUGCACGUGCCCUGUUUGAGCCCCGUGUUUGACCACGACACCACAAUCAUCGAAGAGUUGACGAAGGCCUAUAAAGGUCCUGGAGUCAACAUGAGCAAGCUAUGUCUACCAGAUCCUGACAAGGUCUUGGUUAGCAAACAUGGCUUUCUGCAGAUGGUGGGCCUCAAGAACGUCACGGCCAUGCAAAUCUUCAUCAAACGCGUGGUCACCAAACUCGGAGGCUUUGUUCCCUACGUGGUCCCGGCAGAGAUUGCAGAGAUGUUCAUGAACCCCUUUGCUCGUUACCGAGACUUAGAAGCCAUGCUGGUGUCUCAUCCUGAGUGGGCUCGUUGGGAUGUCUUCGCCUCAUGUAUGGUGGAUGUGGAGGCAACCAACUCCACGGUGGCAGGGAAGUUGGCCUACAUUUGUGGCCUGGGAUAUGUGGAUUGUUCCAAAGUGCCCGAGUCCUGUGAAGACCUGUGGGACACCGCUUCCUGGGUCUUUGGGACUCAUUUCCGUGAGGUGGUCUAUUCGCAGGACUUCACCCCUAAGCCACUACAGCAUUGCUACCUGGACGGGGCCGCGCAGUUUGUGCGCUCCAGCAUUUGGAAGAAGAUGCCUGUGAAGAAGGAUUGCAUUGUGCCAUUGGGCUGGACCGAUCCCAAUAAAGUCCAUAUCAGCCAGCAUGGCUUUCAUCUGGUCUGGAGCAAUCGAGAUCCCGUGGCCAUGAAGGUCUUCAUCACACGAGCACUUGAACAUACAGGUGGCAAGUUGGAAACCAAUGUCCCUGAAUCCUUUGUGACUGAGACACUGGCCUUGGAGGGAUCCUUCAAGAUGCUCCAAGACACCCUGGCGGCGCAUCCGCCUUGGGGCUCCUGGGAGACUGCCGCCUGUGUCCCGGAUCGUGAGGCUAAAGCACGAGAUGUGGGAGCCGCCAUUGGCUUGGUAUGUAGCAAGGGCAUCUUCGACUGUGGCCAAAUCCCAGCCGAAUGCAAAGGCAGUGUAUGGGACCAAGCUGCCUAUGUAUUUGGCUCCUAUUAUAGGAACCUCAAGGUGCGUUCUUCGACAAGUCCUUUGUAUGAUUGUGCCUUUGAUGGGCGGGCUGUUUUCGCUGGACCCCACCUAUAUAAGCAAUUCAAUUACACUCCCGCAUGUAUCGUAUCUGUCCCAGACCAUUGAAUCAAACGCCCUGAAUCCUGAACAAAAC